AUUUUUUUGAAAGGAAAUACAUUUCCUGGAAGGAGUAUAGAUAAUAAUGGCGGUUUCAUGCUCUCAACAGAUUCAUAUACAAGAAGAAUUGUUCAAGAACUUGAUUGAAAUAGUGGAAACAAAUAUCAAUACGAAGAAUACACUUUAUCAGAAGUAUGCAUUAUGGCACAAGAAAACCUGGGAAAUUAUCCUCAGUCUACUUAACAUUCGUGAGGAAUUGAGGAAGCAUUCGUUCGGAUCAAACUGUACCAAUUUGACAGGUACCUCUGCUACUAUCUUGGGUUCAAUUGCCAGCAUUGUGGGAUUUGCUCUCAUGCCAAUUACUGCAGGAACUUCUCUGGCUCUUACAAUUGGUGGAAUUGCUACUGCCACAACGGGAGGAGUCGUUUCAGCUGGAUCCACCAUCACCAAUUAUGUUCUUUCUAAAAACUUAUGCGAAAAAGUCAAUGAAAUAUUUAAUACACAUAUCAAUUUCACAGAAGAAGUAGAAAGAGCAGUAAAUGAAUACAGUCAACUUUUGACACAGUUCCAAAAGCUGUUAGAGGAAUUAGACGAAGAACAUUCCCAAAUACUGAAAUUGUUAUUAGACGAUUGUAUACAACAUGUGAAUAUGAGCACACUAAAAUCCUUAGAUGAUUGGUGUCCAACUCUUUCAAAACUAGAAGAAAUGGCGCCGAAUAAAGAAAUCAUGUUGAAAGUACCUCUCAUUAUUCAAUUAGUCAAAUAUGUUAUGGACGAUAAUAAUAUGGUGAAUAUAAUCAAAGCUAUACCGUUAAAGAAUGUAUUACAAGCAGGAUCUCUUGCAAGUAUCACUGAAACAGCAAUUUCUGCUGAUCGGAUCGUAAAAUCGGUUUCAGAAACAGGAAGAUUAUUCAUGCUUGCUUUGAAAGAGGCAGGACUGGCAGUAAGAAUAGGUCUUGGUGUCUUGAAUGCCGUAUUUGUAAUAUGGGGUUUAUACGAUUUGGUUACAACUUCUAUUAAUAUCCACCGAGGAUCAGAAACUGAGCAGAUUAAAGAAAUCGGUAGAGUCGUUAGAAAUUUGAAAAAGUACAGGAAAGAAACUAAAUCAAAAGCGGUUGAAUUAUUUGGACACGAAUUAGUUGCGUCACUCGAAACUUAAGUUAUUAACAAAGAUUUCAUAAAUCACGAAGAUGUCUUUCGUGAAUGAAAAUCACGGAAGAGAUUUGUGUUAUAAGAAAUAAUUGGAGAAAGCAGUGAAUAAAUUACACGAGAAAGUAUUUUUUCAUUUUCAAAUAACACAAUUAUUAUUUGUAUUAAUAAUUUACCGUAUAUUUGAUUUGAUAAUGUUUAUUGUAUGCCAAUAUAUAUUCUGUUAAAAAUUCGUACGAUUUAUGCCGUUGUCGAACAAGAAUUUUUGUAUACGUCGUCGUUGUAUAUAUUCUCUUUUGAUAGAGUGUAUUAUUUCAUACUCAGUAUUAAUAAACAUGCAGAAAAUUGUACUCGUACUUUAUGAAAUCCGAUACAAUUUAUUAACAUUGCAAUUUGUAAUAUCGUGAAUUUAAU